ACUUAACACACAGAUCCAUACAAUAAUGAGAGUGCUUUUCUUUUCCCUAAUUCUGGCAGUUUUGAGAGUUGCUGCUCAAGUGUCAACAGUACAGCGCAGUGCACUAAAUGAUUUCCAGCGUUCAGAGGGUAGAGAGCUGGUUCUUAAAUCGUGGAAUGCUGACCAUCUCAUUCUGCUGCCUGGCAUCACACUGGAGGAGUGUGCCAAGCGAUGCUCACAGAGCCCAGAUUGCAGAGCCUUUAACUAUGAGUUUCGUCCGGCUGUAAUCUGUAAGCACUUGCCCUGGGUGGGUGAUGGAAACAACGCUGAGGUUAAGAGAAAUGUCAACUGUGACCUGUAUGAGAUGAAAGUUUUUGUGAGGAAGUGUAUUAUGGGUAAAGGAGAAGACUAUAGAGGAAAGGUGUCUAAGACCAAGAGUGGGCGGACGUGUCAGCAGUGGUGGUCCAAAUUCCCUCAUGAUCACAGAUGGACUCCUUCUCCCACUAACGGCCUGGAACUAAACUACUGUCGUAAUCCUGAUGGGGACAGCAUCGGACCAUGGUGCUACACCACAGAUCCAGAGCGCAGAUAUGAGACCUGUAAUAUUCCUCAGUGCAGAGAUGAUGUUUGUAUCACCUGUAAUGGAGAAGACUACAGGGGUCAGGUGGACCACACAGUGAAUGGUAGAGAAUGCCAGAGAUGGGACCAACAGUAUCCACAUCAGCACAUUUAUCAACCAGAGAAAUACCCUGAUAAGAGCCUGGAUGAUAAUUACUGUCGCAACCCAGAUGCCUCCCCUGUACCCUGGUGUUACACCACUGACCCAGAGGUGGAGAGAGAGAGCUGUGACAUUCACAAGUGCGUUGAAGUCCAGAAGCGGCGGUCGCGGUCAGGCUACACUACAAACUGUUUCCGGGGCCGUGGAGAAGAAUACAGAGGCAAGGUAAACGAGACAACUUCAGGCAUCCCGUGUCAGCGCUGGGAUUCACAACAACCCCAUGAACACCCAUUCUACCCCCACACUUAUGAGUGCAAAGGUCUGGAGGAGAACUACUGCCGUAAUCCUGAUGGUUCUGAAGCACCAUGGUGCUUCACAUCGACACCUGAGAUGAGGACAGCUCUCUGUCUGCAGAUCAAACGCUGCGCUGAUGACAUUGAGGCUGAGGAUUGCUACCAUGGAAAUGGGAAGAACUACCGUGGAGUUGUUCGAAAAACACGAAAGGGCAUCCUUUGUCAGAAGUGGAGUAUUAACACUCCACAUAAAACUAAAAUUAACCCCAAGACGCACCCAGAUGCCAACCUGACAGAGAACUACUGCAGAAACCCAGAUGGAGACCUGCAUGGACCAUGGUGCUACACCACCGACCCAAAGACUGAGUUUGAUUACUGUGCAAUUAAGCAGUGUGCUGGAGAGGCAGUGCCAAUGUUAAAGCCUGCAGAAAGUGUUGUGUUUAAUGAAUGUGGGAAGCGGGAUGACCGUAUGUUAAAAACGCGGUUAAGAAUUGUUGGUGGCACACCAGGAAAUUCUCCAUGGACAGUCAGCCUAAGAGACAGGAAAGGAAAGCAUUUCUGCGGAGGAUCUCUGGUGAACUCUAAAUGGGUGAUCAGCACCAAACAGUGCUUCUCUUCCUGUUAUGUGGACCUCACCGGAUAUGCUGCAGUCAUGGGUACGGUGUUCCGUGACCCAGAAGAAUCAGAACCAGGUGUACAGACCAUUCCUCUCAACAAAAUCGUCUGUGGACCUUCAGAGUCACAUCUAGUUCUGCUUCAGCUAGAAACUCCUGCAGAGUUUAAUAAGCGCGUGUCACAGAUUUGUCUUCCUCCCGAACGGCACAUUGUUGCAGAGGGUACCACCUGUGAGAUAGCUGGAUGGGGAGAAACCAAAGAUACGGGGGAUGAAACGGUGCUAAACGUUGCUCAGAUGCAAGUGCAGAGCAACAGCGAGUGUAACAAGUACUUCAAAGGUCGUGUGAAGCAGAAUGAAAUGUGCACUACCUCCUUUAAUGGUGGAGUGGGGGCUUGCGAGAAAGACUAUGGAGGCCCCUUGGCAUGUCAGAACAGCGAUUGCUGGGUCUUGGAAGGAGUUAUCAUCCCCAUGCGCCGCUGCGGUCACCCCGGACAACCCAACAUCUUUAUCCGGGUAUCGAUGUAUGUGGACUGGAUUAAGAAAGUCAUGGUGAUGGCAUAGCUGCUGAAAAACAAUUAUACUGUGCAGCAGUUUAUAUUGGUUUUUAAAUUUGCAAAUUAAAGUAAAUAACUAGAGAAAGAAUAAAUGUCUAUUGUUGAAGUUUUGCUUGAGUGUAACAGUAUACCCCGAUCAGCCAUAACAUUAAAACCACCUUCUUGUUUCUACACUCACUGUCCAUUUUAUCAGCUCCAUUUACCAUAUAGAAGCACUUUGUAGUUCUACAAUUACUGACUGUAGUCCGUCUAUUUCUCUGCAUGCUUUGUUAGCCCCCUUUCAUGCUGUUCUUCAACGGUCAGGACCCCCACAGGACCACCACAGAGCAAGUAUUAUUUAGGUGGUGGAUGAUUCUCAGCACUGCAGUGACACUGACAUGGUGGUGGUGUGUUAGUGUGUGUUGUGCUGGUAUAAGUGGAUCAGACACAGCAGCGCUGCUGGAGUUUUUAAACAUCUCACUGUCACUGCUGGACUGAGAAUAGUCCACCAACCAAAAAUAUCCAGCCAACAGCACUCUUAUAUGGCUUCUAUAUGGUAAGUGGAGCUGAUAAAAUGGACAGUGAGUGUAGAUACAAGGAGGUGGUUUUAAUGUUAUGGCUGAUCAGUGUAUGGUUAUAAAUGUACUAGUGAUUUCGUAAAGUAGAUUUUGUUUUUCUGGUUUGCAAUGUAGCUUUUGUUUACUAUGUAGUUUUUGUUAUCAAUAAAAGAUUUUUACCUUUAACAAAUCUUUCACUUUAAAUGCAGCAGCUGGUAAUAUAACGUUAAUUUAUACGUACUUAUUUUAUUUCUUUGUAAACUGAGAAUUUUCUGUUAAACUACUGUGUACGGCAUCAGGGUGAUGCAAAAAAAAAACUGAGUUUAAUGUCAUCUCCGGUCUCUGUGUAUGGAGUUGUGCAUGUUCUGUUUAUGUCCACAUAGGUUUUUUCUUAACUUUUCCAGUUUCCUAACACAUGCUAAAAGAAGAUGGGCAAGUGGGUUGAAUGGCUGCUUUUUCUUUAGCAUUAUUAUUAUUUUGUUUAUGCAUUUUCCCCCAACUUUAGCGUAUCAAAUUAUCCAACUGCAUUAUGCUUCCUCUCUACUGAUGUUGAUCUCCACCCUGGUUGAGAAGAGCCGGGACUGACACAUGCCCCCUCCGCCAUGUGUGCAGUAGCCGACUGCAUCUUUUCACCUGCACGAGGCAAGUUUAUAUGCGGAUCAGCUUUGUGUGAGAGACACACCCUGAUCAGUGCACUAUCCCUUGACUCUAUGCAGGCGCCAUCAAUCAGCCAGCAGAGGUUGUAAUAGCAUCAGUUAUGAAGAAUCCCCGUCCAGCUCCCACCUUGUAUGAAUAACAGCCAAUCGUUGUUCAUGUAGGCGCCCAGCCUGCAUUGGCUGCUGUAAAUGUUGAAGGGUGUGAUCCUCACAAUGAAUCAAAACCCUGUCUAGGGUUGCCAAUGCACCCAGUGAUGAAUGAAUGAAUGUGUGCUAAUGUAAAGAUGAGUAGUUAGCAUGGUAUAUGCCAUUACAGUCAGUAUCAGACAGAUAAAUGUUACGCAACUACAAAUCCAAUUCCAAUAAAGUUGGGACAGUAGGUAAAAUGCAGCUGUAAACAUUUCGUGGUAUUUGAAAACAACAUAAAUAGUUAAUUUAUUCUAAUUAUUUAUUUGAUGCCUGGAGCACAAUACAGUGAUUCCAGUUUAAUAACACUGUUUCCACUGUCCCAACUUUUCUGAAAUUGGAUUUGUAAAAUUAUUACAAAAAAACUAAGUGUAACCCGCUCCUAGCGCACCCUGUUUGUGUUUGUUUUCUACACCCUGUAUUCGCCCGCUGUCUGUAAUUUCUCAUUUAUUGCCUUUGUCUGUUUUCCAUCGUCUUGGUAAUCAGUGUGUGUAUAUGUACCACUGUUUAUAUUUAUGUUCUGGACGGACUGAGUAUUGCUAUUCCUUGCAUUACAAUCAUUUCCUAGUACUCUGGAUUCCUGUACCUGUUUUAUGUUCCUGUCUUGUGCUCCUGUUUUCUCCUUCGUUGUUUCUUAGGUCCUAGCUCCUGUCAAUGAUGUGUGUUUUUGAUUCCUGUGCUCUACCCAGUUGCUGUAUACAUUGCUCUCCCAGUUUCAACCCUUGCCUGUUUUUUGGAUUGUGCUCAUAGACUUUGUGCAAAUAAAAUGAUUGCUGAUAUUA